AUGAAGCACCCACGUGGGGAAAGCCUUCUCAUGAAAUUGGGGUAUUGCUCCACCCCAGGCACGACCAGUAGCGAUAGGAGCGACAAUUGCAGUGACGAUUGCAGUGACGAUUGCAGUGACGAAUACAAUGUCCGGGGUAGGAGGCACGGGGAACGCAGCGCCUCCGCGAAGCCAUUGUAUGACGAAACGGAUCGCACCAUGGUGAGCAAGUACCUCAAAGGAAUGAAAAAAAAUAAAGAGAAAAAUCAAUUUUACCAUUUCAAAAAGUACUUAGCAGAAAAUAAUGUCUUUUUUGUAUUCGUCCACUUGUUUGUGAAGCUGAUACGUAACAGGGACACAGUGGAAAACCCCUACGAUUACGUCAUGAAGUACUACGGACAGAGAGGGCACACCUCAGUGGAUGAUGCUCUUCGCAGAAAUUUAAUCAAAGAAAAUAAAAAAUAUAGAACAGAAAAUGAGCAACUGGUUGGGAAAAUAAACGAGUUGCUUGUCCAGGUGGAAGACCUGCGAAAAAAGGACACCUGCAAUUUUAUUGCAAACUGGUUUUUCAAAAACGGCGAUGAGCAGCUUGAUUGGACUGAUCUCUUCGGGAAAGAGUUCAUGGGGAGUGGUCACAAUGUGGAAGAUACACCAAGUAAUUAUACUACACAAAACAACCAGAACGGACCAUUUCCCGACAAGGACUACAGGGAACCCACCCACUUUGUAUUCAGUCGAGACACGUUUUACCUCUUUCUGAGUUUUCUGGACGACCCCACCAGAAUGCAACUUCGUGAGGUACUUACAGGGGGGCUCAACCAUGAGGGGAAAUCCGUCCUGUGCGAGGGGAUACACAAAGGAUUGUCUGUGUUUGUAAAUCAGUAUGUAUCUUUGGAGAAGCUGGGAGAAAAUGGGGCUCACAAAUUGGACAGGAAGAAGCAUCGCAACGAGAGAAUAGUUCCUACACUCCGCUAUCAAAAUGCCAAUAAUGCGCAUUCAAGGUGA